AGGGUGGGUGGAGGUCGCUUUAAGAGUUGUUGCUGCGGCCGCCCCGCUCCAGGUGGAGCGCACACGCACACAGUAGUCAUGGCGGACAACAUCAAAACAGGAGUCUUCGCGAAAAAUGUUCAGAAACGGCUGAACAGGGCCCAAGAAAAGGUCCUGCAGAAGCUUGGUAAAGCAGAUGAAACGAGAGAUGAGCAGUUCGAAGGAUUUGUACAGAACUUCAAAAAGCAGGAGGCUGAAGGUUGUCGAUUACAGAGAGAACUACGCGGCUACCUAACCGCAGUUAAAGGGAUGCAAGAAGCUUCUACAAAGCUCACAGAGUCACUACAUGAAGUGUAUGAACCUGAGUGGUAUGGCAGGGAUGACAUUAAAACUGUUGGCCAGAAUUCUGAUUUACUGUGGGCAGACUUUCACCAGAAGCUGGUUGACCAGGCUUUGUUAACGCUGGACACAUACUUGGGGCAGUUUCCUGAUAUUAAGACUCGAAUCGCGAAGCGGAGUAGAAAGCUGGUUGACUACGAUUGUGCACGACAUCACUUAGAGUCUUUGCAGCACUCAAGGCGAAGAGAUGACAGCAAGCUCAUCAAGGCAGAAGAGGAGUUUCAAAAGGCUCAGAAAGUCUUUGAAGAACUAAAUACUGACUUACAGGAUGAAUUGCCAUCAUUGUGGUCAAGCCGUGUUGGUUUCUACGUCAACACCUUCAGAAACAUUUCGUGCAUAGAGUCGAAAUUCCACAAGGAGGGUGCGGUGCUCUGUCAUAAACUGUACGAAAUAAUGAGUAAGCUUGGAGAACAGCAUGCAGACAAAGCGUUUACUAUCCAAGGUGCACCCAGUGACUCAGGGCCACUGAGAAUUUCCAAGACCCCGACACCACCAGAGGAGCCGUCUCCGCCUGGCAGUCCCACAACCAGCCCUAACCAUACCUUGGCACCUUUGGCAGUCUCGCCGGCCCACACCCCGACUCGCCCCAAGUCGCCAUCUCAGCUGAGAAAAGGUCCUCCCGUUCCACCGCCUCCAAAACUCACCCCGACAAAGGAGUUGCAGUCGGAAAACAUCAUCAACUUCUUCGAGGACAACUUUGUUCCUGAGAUCAAUGUCACCAGCUCAUCACAGGCCCUGAUGUGCUGUGGAUCCUUCUUUGCUGUACCAGAAUUAUCUCAACAGCCGGAGCAACCUGCCACACAGCCAGGGGAGUCGCUGCUUGACAUGGACUUUGAUCCUUUCAAACCAGACCAGACCAGUGCAGCAACACGGAGUCAGUCACCACAUGCUCAGACUCUUCCUUGGGAUUUGUGGGAGGCAAGCACAGAACUGGUUCAGCCUAUGCCCAGUGCUGCAUUCAAUGGAUUCACACAGCUGGAUGCCGGUCUCACAGGAGGAACCACAGAGUUGCCCAAUCAAAGCGUGUUCGAUACAGUGAUCAAUGCUGAACCCACUGUCAUCGAGGAGCCCAAAGCCCCAGCAGCCGGCACUGAGCCACCCCAGGACGCUCCCUCUGCUGUGCCCAGUGUAGUCACGGAGGAGGUUGUGGAGGUUAAGGAGCUUGAAGUCCAGGAGCCAGCUGUAAGUGCUGAGACCGAGGGCAUCGAGGAAAUUAAAGACCCCGAGGUGCAGAAACCAGCUGUAAAUGCUGCAACUGAAAGCACUGAGAAUGUGACGUCCGAGAAGGAUACGGAACAACACGCGGCGUUUCCUGAAGAUUCGGAGGCCUCCCAGGUCUCAGUUCCUUCAGUGGUUAUUCAGCCGGCAUCUAACAAUGAGGGUGAAGACGAGGGCCCUGCAGUGAAUGAAGUUGUGGACAUGCAGGAAGCAGAUGAGAUGCCAGCCGAGGAAGUGAGUUCACCUCCAGCACCCAGUGCAACGGAACAGACAGAGGAAGUGAGGAGAACUGAUGCUGAGCAACAAGUCAGUGCAGAGGGUACAGGGGGCUCUCAGGAACAGAGUGCACCUGAGGUUGAAGCUGCCAAGUCACAGACCAUGCCUCCUGGCUUCAUGUACAAGGUUCAAGCAGUCCAUAACUUUGAAGCUGCCAAUGAGGAUGAGCUUACCUUACAGCGUGGAGACAUUGUAUUAGUGAUUCCAUCUGAGACAACAGAAGACCAGGACGCUGGUUGGCUCACGGGUAUAAAGGAGUCAGACUGGAUACAACACGGUGCUGCCAACAGUUCCAAAGGACUGUUCCCCAAGAAUUUCACUCAGCAACUGGAAUAGACUUUGGCCACUGUCUUAUCUAUGUGGAAGUUAUCGGAAAAAGCAGGACUCUGCUUCCCAAACCACAUGGUCUCCCACAGCACGGUUGUGUCCUUGGAUUUUUCAAAGGGUGAUGCCAGAGAUGAAAUGCUAAUCAGCAAGGUUAAAAGUAUCUAAUGAUCACAAGCAAUGAAGAGAGGCGAUGUAUAUUAACCGAAGACACAGGAAGCAUGGCACUGACCUCAAUAUAUCUAUUUUGAACAAACUAUGGAAAUGAAUAUGUAUUUCUUUAUCAAAGUCCAACACUAUGUUAAAUUGUGUUUUCCUGGAGUUAGUAAUAUUCUUGAAUGCACCUCUUCCUAUUGAUAUAAUGGUGGUGUAAUCCUCCUGAUGACAAUUUUAUGUUUUGCACUGUACACUAAGUAAACCUGUUGCAAUGCAUCACAGUUCAGUAGCCUAGUCAAUUCUGUGUGUACUUAUUAAUCUUUGAUAUGUUGACUGCAAAUUGUUUUUAUUUAUGUAAUUGCAGAGCUGAGCAGUCCUUUCAGUGAUGCAGUAUAAGUGACCCUACUUAGAAGCAUCUCCUCAUCAUGUGUGUCACUGCCUGCUCCUGCCUCCAGCAUUCUUGCUGGCUCUGUUUUUGAACAAAUUCUAUUGCUCUAUUGCCAAAUGAAUCUGGGAAGCUGUGUUCGUAAUGUAUCGUGCGUUAAAGAUUAUUACAUUCAGAGUGAUGUUCGAAGGACAAGACUGCACCACCUCCUGGCCAGAUAAUGCUUUUUCACUCUGUUCAAUAUAAAUUAACAGAGGAAUUUAUAGGACUUAUAACAGGGAAACUGAAAUAAUGCACCAACUACUGAAAACCAUGGCCACUAGUUAACCUUACAGCAACAGUCUGAAGCAUUUCAUUCCAACUCAAUGGAAUAUACAACAAAAUAAGUUCAAAAUUAAGGAUAGGCAUUGUAACCUAAGUAUUGUAUUAAUGUGUGGUCCUGUGACUAUUGCUCUGCAUUUCACUGCUCACGCUGGAAUAAAGAAAAAACUAAACAAU